CUAUUAUUCUCACAUGUAUUCGAAUUCUCAAAUAAAUUCAUACAUCUACAUGUAUUAAUCUCUCUCUUUGUUAUUUAUAUAAAUGUAUAACCACGGAUUAAAGUUGCUAGAAAAAAUACUACGACGAAUUUCUGCCACAAUAUAUAUUGUUUUUAUAGAUUGGAACUUGUGAUUUGGGACUGGUUCACGUAGAUUAUAAUAUUGAAAAUUAUUUAUAUAAAUGUUUGAAAGACAAGGAUGGUGUCUGCAAUUUAAGCAUUGGUGAGGGGGUUUUAAGUGCAAUUUUUCCUGACCUUUAUAUCUCCUCUAUCCCUAAAAAUCUAAGCCGUCGUACUUUAUUCAGAGAGUUGACCAGGAAAUAAAACUCUCGACUCUUUGUUCUAUUAGGAAAAAAUUAUAUCUUUAUAUAUAUAGAUCAGUUUUACUUAAGAUUAUUGGUUUGCAUCGCCAAUUGCGAAGCUUAAGAUUAUUUCAGCCUUUGAGUGGUAUUAGCAAAAAAAAGACUGAUGGGGUCAUUGGAGGAGUCAGAUUGGGCAGGGCUUCCGAAGAACUUAUUGGAUAUGAUUUUGGACAAGUUGGUUUCACUUUCUGAAUAUGUUCGAUUUGGUGCGGUUUGCAAACCAUGGCAGUCUGUGGUAAUGGAUAACAAACUUAAAUUCAUUCAAAAUAAGUUUUUGAGACAAGUUCCAUUCUUAAUGGUGCCUUCGAAAGAUAAUAGUGACGAAAGACGUAGUCUAUACAGCAUCACUCAUAAUAAGAUAGAUGAUUUUCAGUUACGCGUACCUUAUCAGAAGAGGCUUUCUGGUUCCUCACAUGGUUGGUUGUUUACUGUGGAAGAAACCUUCGGCGUAACCUUAAUCAACCCAUUCUCCGGUGCUACCAUUGAGCUUCCUCCAAUUAUGGACCUCUCAUAUUUCCAUCCUCCUGAUGAAACUGAUGACGAUGACGAUGAUGAUAAUGAUCCUAUUGAGGUUGACUUUGAAGUUGUAAAGGCUACAUUGUCAGUUGACCCUGCUUUGUAUCCUAAUGACUAUAUUGUUACCGCCACCUAUAGUGGUUACAGAAGACUGGCAUUCAUUCUGCCCGGAGACAAAGCUUGGACUUACAUAGAUAAAGAAAGAUUUCGGCUCAUCUUUGAUGUCACAUAUUAUAAAGGCCGGAUUUUUGCAGUUGAUGAUAAGAGUAGAGUCCUAAUGAUUGAUGUUAAUAGAAGGGCUGGGGAGAGUCAGGCUCCGCAAGUGGAGGUAAUUGCACCGCCGACUAUUGUGUAUUCUCAUCAGACGUAUAUUGUUGAAUCAUCUAGUGGGGAUUUACUUGUUGUACAAAGGUUUUUAAAAGUUGGAGAUGAUUCACAGCAUGCAACUAAAGGGUUUAAGGUUUGCAAGUUGCUCUUAGACCAAUUUGAGCAAGGUUGGCCUAUGCAGGUUGAAUUGAAGAACUUGGGUGGAGACACCUUGUUUUUGGGAGAUAACCAUUCCAUUUGUGUUUCAGCUUCCAAAUGGCCCGGAUGCCAACCAGAUUCUAUAUACUACACAGAUGAUUAUAUUGAGAUUCUAUCCCAGCUUCCAUCUGGGCGCCGCGACAUUGGUAUCUUCAACAUAGAAAAGGGAAGCUUUGGGACGCAUUACAUCCUUGAUCCUUCACAUAAGGAUAUGCCGCCCUCAAUUUGGAUUGUGCCAACUGUGUUAUAAAAUUGAGUGGAGACUUAAUUGUUUUGAGCGUCUUUUUGUCAUAUCUAAUUUUAUUUAGUUUUUUUUUUUUUUUUUUGCUCGUCAUUUUUAUGCUGUGUAAAAAAUCUAUUUUUAUCUCUUGCUGUAGCAAAUGUGAGAUCAAGUUUGUAAGACAUAUAAUAAAAUAUUAUUGUGGUUUUCUCUCCA